GAAGUGGUCCAGUUCCGGCCGCGGCCGCCGCCGCCGCCGCCGCCAUCUGUCACCUCACCUCCGGCACCGGCAGCGGGUUGCCCGUGCCCCGCCCGUGUCCUCGGCGGAGCCCUUUCUUCCUCUUGUCACCUCUCGACUCCGUUCUCGUCUCUGCCUUCUUCCCGGAAUGGAUCUGGUCGGAGUGUCUUCGCCUGAGCCAGGGCCCGCAGCAGCCUGGGGACCCAGUAAGUGCCCAUGGGCUACCCCUCAAAACACAGUAUCCUGUUCACUGACCGAGGUGAUGAGCGAGGAGCUGGCUAAAGAGCUGCAGUUGGAAGAAGAAGCGGCUGCUUUCCCUGAAGUUGUUGUUGCUGAAGGACCAUUCAUUUCUGGAGAAAACAUUGACACUUCCAGUGACCUAAUGCUGGCUCAGAUGCUACAGAUGGAAUUUGACAGAGAAUAUGAUGCACAGCUUAGGCGUGAAGAAAAGAAGUUCAAUGGUGAUAGCAAAGUUUCCAUUUCGUUUGAAAACUAUCGCAAAGUUCAUCCUUUUGAAGACAGUGACAGCUCUGAAGACGAGGUUGACUGGCAGGACACUCGAGACGAUCCCUACAGACCAGCAAAGCCAAUUCCUACUCCCAAAAAGGGUUUUAUUGGAAAAGGAAAAGACAUCACCACCAAGCAUGAUGAAGUAGUAUGUGGAAGAAAGAACACAGCAAGAAUGGAAAAUUUUGCCCCUGGCUUUCAGGUAGGGGAUGGAAUUGGAAUGGAUUUGAAACUAUCCAACCACGUUUUUAAUGCCUUAAAACAACACGCCUACUCAGAAGAGCGUCGGAGUGCCCGUCUCCACGAGAAGAAGGAACAUUCUACCGCUGAAAAGGCAGUUGAUCCUAAGACACGCUUACUUAUGUAUAAAAUGGUCAACUCUGGAACCCUGGAGACAAUCACUGGCUGUAUUAGUACAGGAAAGGAAUCUGUUGUCUUUCAUGCAUAUGGAGGGAGCCUGGAGGAGGAAAAGGAAGAUGGUAAAGCUAUACCAACAGAAUGUGCCAUCAAGGUAUUUAAAACAACCCUUAAUGAGUUUAAGAAUCGUGACAAGUACAUUAAAGAUGAUUUCAGGUUUAAAGAUCGCUUCAGUAAACUAAAUCCACGUAAGAUCAUCCGCAUGUGGGCAGAGAAAGAAAUGCACAACCUUACAAGAAUGCAGAAGGCUGGAAUUCCUUGUCCAACAGUUGUACUGCUGAAGAAGCACAUUUUAGUUAUGUCUUUCAUUGGCCAUGAUCAAGUUCCAGCCCCUAAGUUAAAAGAAGUAAAGCUUAGUAAUGAAGAAAUGAAAGAUGCCUACUAUCAGACUCUUAAUUUGAUGCAGCAAUUGUAUAACGAAUGUACCCUUGUGCAUGCUGACCUCAGCGAGUAUAACAUGUUGUGGCAUGCUGGGAAGGUCUGGUUGAUUGACGUCAGUCAGUCUGUAGAGCCAACCCAUCCUCAUGGCCUGGAGUUCUUAUUCCGUGACUGUAGGAAUGUUUCACAGUUCUUCCAGAAAGGAGGAGUAACGGAAGCCCUUAAUGAGCGGGAGCUGUUCAAUGUUGUUUCUGGCCUGAACAUCUCGGCAGACAAUGAAGCGGAUUUCUUAGCUGAGAUAGAAGCUUUGGAGAAGAUGAAUGAAGAUCACGUUCAGAAGAAUGGGAGGAAAGCAGCCUCGUUUCUGAAAGAUGAUGGAAGCCCACCUGUGCUGUCUGCGGACUAGUACAGUGGUGACGGAUGGCAGCUGCCAUAGCCAACGAGUGUAGGUGACCUGACAUACCAAAGCAGGAGUGGACAGUGCUGCUUCUGGGCUUCUCACUUGUGACCCACGUGCCAGAUGUGCAAUUUUUAACUCGGCAUUGGAAGAAUAAAAUGUCACUACCUCUCAUCUUACAAAAAGGAUAAUAUAAUUCUUUAACAGGUA